CAGGGCUGGUGAGGGAGGGGUCGAGGAAGCGGGCGGGUGAGUGGUGACCGCUGAUUGGCUGACGGACUGGCCUAUGCGUAAUGAUAUAUAAGCCGUGAGCUCACGGACGCAGCUGCAGGUUUGUGUCGCACAUGUCCGGAGUGAUUCGGCUGGAAAGCAGGAACCACCGCUGCGGGAUGAGAAAGUGAGAGACGAAAUCCGCAGAGAACUACAUACAGUCCGCGCGUUUCUGUUCCUGAAAGGCUUCGGCAGCUUGGAGACGCACUCACACCGGCAAACACACUAAAAAAAUGGAUCUUCACAAUAAAGACAUCGUCCCUGGAGAGAUUUUACCAGUGGUGAUCAUUGGUAACGGCCCGUCAGGGAUCUGUCUCUCGUACCUGUUGUCAGGUCACACCCCCUACCUGUCACCGGAGGCAUCGCACCCCAACCCUCUGCUGCACAGCAAGCUGGCGGAGCAGGCUCACCUGUCGCUGCUGGAGCAGGACCUUGAAUACUUGUGCGAAGGCUUGGAGGGGAGAUCGUCCAACCCUGUGGCUGUGCUCUUUGACUCCCUGCUGCUCCCUGACAGUGACUUCGGUUUGGAGCACACGUCUCCGUUGGAAUGGAGAUACGAGCCGGAGCGCGCCGUCCCCCACCUGGUGCUGGGGAAGGGUCCUCCUGGGGGAGCCUGGCAUGCAAUGGAGGGCUCCAUGCUGACUCUGAGCCUGGCCAACUGGAUGGAGCUGCCAGGACUUAAACUGAAGGACUGGAUACGAGACAAACGCAGAAACGUGCGGAAUGACCGAGCCACGCCUGCUGAGAUAGCGUCCUACUACCAGCACUACGUUUCCCAGAUGUCCCUGGAGCAGAGCUUCGCCUGCAGGACCACCGUCACCUCAGUAACGAGGCAGCCCGGCAACGAGGACGGGUCGCCGCCCUGCUGGAGGGUGAUGGGGCUGCAGCGCAGGGAGGGGGAGGAGCUGGCAGACGGUUCCUCUGUCUCCCAGGAGGUGCCUUUUUCCGUCUUGGCCCACAAUGUGGUGUUGGCGACGGGGACCCACGACAUCCCGGCCCGGCUCGGCGUGGAGGGCGAGGCCCUGCCCUUCGUCUACCACUCCUUCUGGGAGCUGGAGGCGGCCAUCUCCCGCGGGGAGCUGGACCAGUCCUCAGACCCGGUGCUGGUGGUGGGAGCGGGGCUCACAGCGGCCGACGCAGUGCUGGCCGCCCACCACCUCAACACGCCCGUCUGCCACGUCUUCAGACGCUCGGUCACCGACCCUGGGCUCAUCUUUAACCAGCUGCCCAAGCUGCUCUACCCAGAGUACCACAAGGUUCAUCAGAUGAUGACACAGCAGCAGCACCGACCGAGCCCCCCCCCACACGACAAUGCCCAGAACCUCCACCAGUCGUCACCUUCCUCUCUCUCUCAGCACCACUCCUACACCUCAUCUCCCUCCUCGUACCCAGGUUACCUGAGCUUCCCACUUCACAGAGUGGUGGAGUUCAGGCCGGACCGGAAGUGCGUUCUGGAGUCAGACUCUGGGGAGCGGACGGUGGUCCAGGUCUCUAAGGCACUGGUUCUGAUCGGGGCCCACCCAAACCUUUCCUUUCUGGACAACAAUGGGCGUUCUCUCGGCCUCGACCCCAGCAAACCAAUUUCUUGCCGGAGGAACCCGAUUGAGGUGGACCCGUUCACGAACAAGGUGGUUGCGGCAGGAGGACCGGGCAUGUACGCCAUGGGGCCGCUGGUUGGAGAGAACUUUGUGCGGUUCCUGAAGGGAGGAGCGUUGGCCAUCGCCAGUGACCUCGCCGUCAGAGGCCGCGAGGGAAGAGGAGCGGAGGAUGUGACUAUGGACAGACAGGUGGCCUCACAGAUACAGUAGAAGCAGAAACCUGCGUCCCAGAAUCCAGCUGAUCUUCUCUCAUCCAGACUCGAACGCACGUUUUAAAACACGCACAAACGGACUCAACAGGUCCAGCUAGAAACGCACAGCUUUAUGGAAGUGGCUCUAGUUUUUCACUUACACCCUGAGCACUGCAGGAUUUUCAGGCCAAUCCUUACUAAGAGUAAUACUACUACAGUACAUGUACAUCCAUGUCACAUACACAGCUUCUCAGUGCUGAGUUGUUAUUGAUCAACUGAAACAUUUGUUGAUUUGUCUGUGGAUUUGCCAGCUGUUAACAUCUGCUGUGACUGUGAAGGUGGAAGUAAAGUCAUGAAAAACUGAGAGAAGCAAACUUUACAGCAACAUGUUGAACGUGUGUCGAGUCUCUCACAAAGCCGCAGUCACUACAGUAACUGAACCAGUCGUGCAUCACCUCAGCCUCACUCCAGUAUUUCUGUGAGCGGACUCUGUCACAGACAGUUGUUAAUUCCUGCUUCUCUCUACAAAUAACUUCAUGUCUGUGUUUGAAUUAUUACAGUGUCUGUGAACCUCUGGUGCUGUAUUUUUGUAUGUUUUUGUGUAUGAUUUAUUAUGCAACAAGCAGCUAAACCAUGUUUCAUCAUGAAUAUUUUAUACUUUAUGAAAGAGAGAAAUAUAUAUUUUCUAAGUAAAUUCAUUUAAAUGUUUAAUUUGUAACAUAUUCACUGUGACAUUUGAUGAACAAAAGCAUAAUCUGGACUGAUUUUGAACAGGUCGUAUUCUAAUAAGGUCUUGAUUUCUAUGGUGUGUAGCCAGAGAAAUUCAAAUAACUAAUGACUGAUGAUUAUUAUUUGUAAACUUGAUUUUAGGGGGUGUCCAGUCUGAGAUCAGAUCCUUUUUCCAAGAUGUAAUAAAAAAACAUAUACAUAACCGUAUACAAUGAUCACUGAUUGGUCCGUCAUGAAAUGGCCCAUUAUAAACUUUUCUCAUAUAGAAGCAUCUAAAAUAUUAUUAGUAGAAGAUAGAUUAUUAUAGAUUAGCUAAAGAUUAAGGUGGUUGUUGAGGUCAAACAUUCAAAAUCCUGAAAAACCUGAAUCUCUUAUGUCUGAUUUGCACAGUUUUGAUUUCAACCGCCUGCAUCACUGCAACGUAAAGAUGAAGAAGCUGCAUUUGUGUAUUAAUGGCCUGCACCAGGAUGAGGAGGAGGAGGAUGGUUGCUUUAUCCCUUUUAUGACAUCAUUCACAUUUUUGCAUUAAAUUCACUUUGUUAUUGCUGCUCAACUGAUGGAUCCAGUUUGGUGUUAAUGUGAACCUCACAUUUGAUCAAACUGUGAUUAUCACAACAUAACUGUGCAUUUGUGGCAGAUUAACCAUCAUCUUUUGUGGUAGUGAAUGUGUUUAGAAUAGAAUAGAAAAGUCCCGCAAUGGAGAAAUUGCCAUGUUGCAACAGCAGAAUGUUUUUUAAUGAGUUUACAGUAGUAACAAGGGCAGAGGAUUAAACAAUUUAAAAAUAUAAAAUUAUCCAGCAUAUAAUGUAAACAUAUGGGCAGGUCACAGACUGUUAUUUAUAUAUCACUUUGAAAACACCAUUGUUUUUUAGUAUUAAAUUCAUAACAUCUACAGAUCAGUCACUAAAUUCCGUAGUGUAGAAAAGUAACAUUAAGGAUGGUCUAGUUCUCAAAACACAUUGUUUAAUAAACAGUAAAAGACCAAAAUUUAUGUUUAUGUUUCACUAAAGUGAGAAGAUGUAAUGAAAGACCAAAUAAUCAUUCAAAUUAUGGUUAAAAUGUUUUAAAUGUAUAAAACUAUUACUUGAGCAGUCGUUUGAGUCUGAUCUGGAACCAUCUGUGCCUUGUUAUUAUUGAUGAGAUUUAGUACCACACCAGAUUAAACUUCCUUCUGUGUCUGAGCCUGGCUUUGUUUGAAUGAGGUCAUUCAUAAUCAACAAUAAAGUCUUCCAUUCCUU